AGGCGUUUGACAAGCUGCCAGGGUAGGCUUGGCGCCUUCUCCCUCCUGGUCAGAUGCUUCCACUUUCAGUUGUAAAAGAAAAACCAGGAAGUGGAGUCCCCGAGCACACACGUUCAGGAGCCCGGCCAUGGCCUACCGUGGGGCCGGCAGAUGGGGCAGAACGGGGCACUCUGAGCUGGGCCAUCGGUCUGCAUGGAUGCUCUGAGGCCUCUCAGUCCCUGGAGGUCACAGGGGUGAGGGAAGAAGCACAGGGACUCACGUGCCAGAAGAACUUGGAUCAGGAAGCUCCAUCGCUGGAAACACUGAGGGAUGCGACCCCCCUCCCAGGGCCUGCAUUUCCUGCUGCUAUUCGCAAAGAUGUUUUGUAUCUUUAACUUCUUGUUUUCCCCACUUCCAACCCCGGCACUGAUCUGCCUCCUGACUUUUGGAGUCGCCAUCUUCCUAUGGCUCGUCAACAGACCUCGCCCAGUUCUGCCUGCGGUUGAUCUGAACCACCAGUCCCUGGGAAUCGAGGGAGGAGCACGGAAGAAUGCUCGCGAGAAGAGCAAUGAACUCCUAAGCUACUACUUCUCAGAUGCCAAGACGAUGUAUGAAGUUUUUAAAAGAGGACUUGCUGUGUCUGACAAUGGGCCUUGCUUGGGAUACAGAAAACCAAACCAGCCCUACAGAUGGCUGUCCUACAAGCAGGUGUCUGAUCGUGCAGAGUACCUGGGAUCCUGUCUCUUGUAUAAAGGAUAUAAGCCAUCACCAGACCAAUUUGUUGGCAUCUUUGCUCAAAACAGGCCAGAGUGGAUCAUCUCUGAGUUAGCUUGUUACACGUACUCCAUGGUAGCCGUGCCCCUGUAUGAUACCUUGGGAGCAGAAGCCGUCAUAUACAUUAUCAACAAGGCUGAUAUUGCCAUGGUGAUCUGUGAUACACCCCAAAAGGCAUCAGUCCUGCUGGAAAACGUGGAGAAGGGCCUCACUCCAGGCCUGAAACUGAUCAUCCUCAUGAAUCCCUUCGAGGAUGACCUGAAGCAGAGAGGGGAGAAGAUCGGAGUUGAGCUCUUAUCCUUCUUGGAUGCUGAGAAUUUAGGCAAAGAGAAUUUCAGAAAACCCGUGCCUCCUGAACCAGAAGACCUGGGCAUCGUCUGCUUUACCAGUGGGACCACAGGUGACCCCAAAGGAGCCAUGCUAACCCAUCAAAAUGUUGUUUCAAAUGCUUCAGCUUUCCUCAGAUGUGUGGAGGAAAGCUUUGCACCCACCCCUGAGGAUGUGAGCAUAUCCUACCUCCCCUUGGCUCAUAUGUUUGAGAGGGUUGUACAGAUUGUUGUGUACUCGUGUGGAGCCAGAGUUGGGUUCUUCCAGGGAGACAUUCGGUUGCUGCCCGAUGACAUGAAGACCCUGAAGCCCACAUUGUUUCCCGUGGUGCCUCGACUCCUCAACAGGAUCUACGAUAAGGUUCAAAAUUCAGCCAAGACUCCCUUGAAGAAGUUCAUGUUGAAAAUGGCCAUUUCCAGUAAAUUCAAUGAGGUGAAAAGGGGUAUCAUCAGACGCAACAGUUUGUGGGACAAGCUCAUCUUUGCAAAGAUCCAGGACAACCUGGGCGGGAAGGUGCGCAUCAUGGUCACUGGCGCUGCCCCCAUCUCCUCUCCCGUCUUGGAGUUCCUCCGAGCGGCAAUGGGAUGUCCGGUGUUUGAAGCUUAUGGUCAAACAGAAUGCACUGCUGGCUGUACAUUCACAUUACCCGGGGACUGGAGACCAGGCCAUGUCGGAGUUCCCCUGGCUUGCAAUCACGUGAAGCUGGAAGAUGUGCCAGACAUGAACUACUUUUCAGUGAACGGUGAAGGAGAGAUCUGCAUCAAGGGCGCCAACGUGUUCAAAGGAUACCUGAAGGACCCUGAGAAGACGGCGGAAGCCCUAGACAAAGAUGGCUGGCUUCACACAGGAGAUAUUGGUCGCUGGCUCCCGAAUGGGACUCUGAAGAUCACUGACCGUAAAAAGAACAUUUUCAAGCUGGCCCAAGGAGAAUACAUCGCUCCCGAGAAGAUAGAAAACGUGUACAGCAGGAGUGGACCAGUGCAGCAAAUUUUCGUGCAUGGGGAGAGCUUACGGUCAUCCUUGGUAGCAGUGGUGGUUCCUGACUCAGAAGUGCUCCCCACAUUUGCAGCCAAACUUGGGGUUAAGGGCUCCUUUGAAGAGCUGUGCCAAAACCAAAUCAUAAAGGAAGCCGUUUUAGAAGACUUGCAGAAGGUUGGGAAAGAAGGUGGCCUCAAGUCCUUCGAACAGGUCAAAAGCAUCUAUCUCCACCCAGAGCCCUUUUCCAUUGAAAACGGGCUCUUGACACCAACAUUGAAAGCAAAGCGUGGAGAGCUUUCCAAGUACUUUCAGACCCAAAUCAACAGCCUGUAUGAGAACAUGCAGGAAUAGGUUAAGUUUGCUGCUGAGUUGGAAGCUGUGGGGGACGGAGCUGGAACAAUGUCAAGUGCACUUUCCAGUGGACGAAGCAGAGCACUGAGUAAAAACCUCCUGAAGUGGGAACACAGACCGGCCUGUGCAGCAGGCUUCUCUAAGAGGAGACCCACUGGCCUCUUCCCCCAGGAACUCCAGCUCCUGCUCUGGUUCACCCCCAAACACACGUGUUGCUUCCACUUGUAAAGUCUUUCAAAUAAUAAACUAUUGUGGAUACUUA